AAAUACAUACAUAUGUCUCAAGUGUCAACAACACACACACAAAAAAAAGUCUUUUUCAAAUGUUUCAUUUGCAAGUGAUAGUCAAAGUCAAACUAAAGUUGAAGUGCAAUGUCUGUCACCAUUUUCAAAAUUCCUUCAACCCCAUGAUGAGAACCUAAACCCCCCACCCCUACCCUCACCCCGCAAGCCCAAACUCUCAACAAUUCUCGUGCAAUUGCUGUACCUUUUAGCUUUUCCCAACUCUUUGCUCAAAUCUGGAUCUGAUUCAUACAAAUUAGUGCAAAUAUUCAAGCUGUAAAGCAGUGAUAACAAAGAAUCUCAAGUGGGGUUUGUAAAAGCUUUAAUUUUUGGCUUAGCAUCAAGGUCAGGGUAUGGUGAAAUAGAGCUUCAUUGGGUUGUCAAAAAGGAAGAAAUUGGAAAAAGAUUGUAUUUUUAAUGCUUUGAGGUUUAAGUGUUCUUCUGAUGCAUUGAAGCGGCAGCUCAACAAAGAUUGUGGAAGAUAAAGUAAUCGAAUGUUUUAUCCAGAAAGAUCCUGGAAAUUCGGUAGGAGUAGAAAUAUAAUAACUUGAUAUGAAAGAUUCUUGGUGCUGGUAAAUAGUAAGUGAAUCUAAUGUUGAUGGAUACUCAUGGUAAGUUGGUCAGCGGAACGGAGGUUUGCUGAAUAAAUAUAUUGUUCUAACUUGAGUAAUUGAAGGGGAGUUUUGACGAAACUGGUAAAGUAGUUGCCUUGUGACCAGGAGGUCACGGGUUCGAGCCGUGGAAACAACCUCUUUAAAAAAUGUAGAACAGGUUCUGUGCUCGUGUCAAAUCAGUUAACUGAGGAUUACUAAGUGAACAGGUGCAAUGGAGAUAUCAUUGUUAAAAGUUCUUCUCAGCAGCAUCUCCCAAUUUUUCCAUUUAUCAUCAAGUGAAAACAUAACUGAUAUUCUAGUUCAGAGGUAUUAUUGCAAGGCUGAGGAUCUAUUGGAGAUUUUAAAGCCGAUUCUUGAGGCCAUUGUCGAUGUUGAAGCAGCUUCCAGUGAGAUGCUUCAGAAAGCAUUUGCUGGACUAGCUCAAUCUGUUGAUGAACUGAGGGAGCUGUGUGAAACCUGGCAACCGUUGGGCAGUAACGUAUAUUUUGUCCUGCAAGUUGAACCUCUUAUAGUAAAAACUCGAACAUGUAGUCUUGAAUUUCUGGAGCUACUCAAAACCUCUCAUGAAUGCCUUCUUGCUGAUACAACUUUGACAUCUCUUGAGCACUGUAUACUUAAAAUUAAGUAUGUGGAUUAUGAACUGAUAUCCAUGACUAUCACAAAGUCUAUUAAGGCUCAAAUGGAAGGCUUGGGAGCAAACUCAGACAGCUUUGCAAAACUUGCGGAUUGCCUAAGAUUGAAGUCGAACCAAGAGCUUUUGAUUGAGCUUGUGGCCCUUGAAAAAUUGAAGGAGAACGCUGAACAAGCUGAAAAGACUGAGGAAGUUGAAUAUAUUGAGCAAAUUAUAGCUCUUGUUUCCCAUAUGCAUGACUGCUUCAUCACAAUGAAACAGUCUCAGACCUGCAGGCCUGUGACGAUACCUCCUGAUUUUUGUUGCCCCCUCUCACUCGAGUUGAUGACCGACCCUGUAAUUGUUGCUUCUGGACAAACUUAUGAGCGAGCUUUUAUAAGGAAAUGGAUUGAUCUCGGUCUUACUGUGUGUCCUAAGACAAGGCAAAUGCUGGGGCACGCAACUCUCAUUCCUAAUUACACCGUUAAGGCACUUAUUGCAAAUUGGUGCGAGUCAAACAAUGUAAAGCUUCCUGAUCCAACAAAAUCUCUGAGCUUGAAUCAGGCAUCUUCACUUCUAGCACAUGCGUCUUCUGGCAUGCCCAGGGAUACACAGGGUAUUCCCCUUCUGAGGGGCAAUCACUCUUCAUCACCUGAUUCUUCUCGCUCUUUAAGCUCUCCGAGGAAGAGUUGUUCAUCAAGUAUGACCCAAAGAGAAGGAACAUCUCCAUCCCAUCCCCAUUCCUCUUUGGAUGAUUCUUUACCUGGAGUUGCUAGUAAUAUGCUUGCUCUGGAUGUUGUAAGGAUAUCUAUUAAGACUUCUGAAGAACGGAUGGCCCACUCUGGAGAGAUAAACUCACAUGGUCAUUGUAUGUUAGCAGCCAAUGAACACUCCCUUGUAGGUCAUAAUCGAACCACCUCAGCACCCAGCACACUAUCUAAUUCAAACUUUUCACCGACAAUUCCUGGUGAUGGAAAUGAAGUGUUCUCAAUGUCAGCAGCAGCUGCGACUGAUGCGUGUGAUGUAUCAGAAUCCCAACCUGCUGCUCCAUUGUCUGUUCUACAAGGGGAGCCGGAAUUCCCAUCCAUGCUGGAGACAAGAGUUCGAAAUCAAUCCAUCUGGCUAAGACCUUCUGAGAGAUUUCCUAGAAUAGUUUCUUCUGCUACGGUUGAAAGAAGGGCUGAUCUUUUGGAACUUGAGGAGCAAGUUAGGAAGCUGGUUCAGGAUUUGAGUAGCAAUUCCAUUGAUGUGCAAAGAGAUGCCACAGCUGAACUCCGGUUACUUGCCAAGCACAAUAUGGAUAAUCGUGUUGUAAUGGCAAAUUGUGGUUCCAUCAACUUGUUGGUCAACUUACUUCAUUCAGAAGAUCUGAAUGUACAGGAAAAUGCUGUUACCACACUUCUCAACUUAUCAAUUAAUGACAACAACAAGUGUUUGAUUGCAAAUGCUGAUGCAAUUGAACCUCUGAUUCAUGUCCUACACACAGGGAGUGGUGAGGCUAAAGAAAACUCGGCUGCUACACUUUUUAGCCUUUCUGUUAUUGAGGAUAACAAGAUGAAGAUUGGGAGGUCUGGUGCUAUCAAGCCUCUUGUGGAUUUAUUGGGAAAUGGAAGUCCUAGGGGCAAGAAAGACGCAGCGACAGCUUUGUUUAACUUGUCAAUACUUCAUGAAAACAAGGGUCGCAUUGUGCAGGCUGGUGCUGUUAAGUUCCUUGUAGAGUUGAUGGACCCUGCUGCUGGGAUGGUUGACAAGGCUGUUGCUGUUUUAUCAAAUCUUGCAACCAUUCAUGAGGGAAGAGCAGCAAUUGGUCAGGAAGGAGGGAUUCCUCUUCUGGUUGAGGUUGUUGAGCUCGGUUCUGCAAGAGGUAGGGAGAACGCGGCAGCAGCUUUGUUGCAAUUAUGCACUAACAGUAGCAGGUUCUGCAACAUGGUUCUCCAGGAAGGAGCUGUACCUCCGUUAGUAGCAUUGUCACAGUCUGGCACCGCAAGAGCCAGAGAAAAGGCUCAGGGACUUCUUAGCUACUUCAGAAACCAACGGCAUGGUAAUGCAGGGAGGGGCUGAUUUAUACACUGAACAGUCAACACAUACUUUUCUCAAGGUAGCUGACUAUAUGCUGCUUGUAAAUUUGAUAUUGAGAGUUAUUCAUGUAGAGGAUUUCAGCUUACUGGAUACAUUCUAGUAGUUGUGAUAGAAAGAAGAAUUAUUUAUGGAGGCUCUCUCUUAUGAGCCCAUCCGCCCAUAACAUUGUAUGUGAAUGUAGAAAAGCCUAUUAUACGCGAAACGAGUGUCUGAUUGCAUCAGUUAUAAACUUGGUAUAUGAUUGGAUGAGCUACUUUAUUCAGAAUCAUAAGAUUAUUGUUUUUUUAAAUGAAGAAAGUAUUUUUCUG